GAAACGGGAAACCAAACCAACAACCCUAAAAACCAGAGACUCUCUGUCUUCUCUUUCUCUUCUCUUCUCUUCUUUUUGUUUCUCAUACUUGCACGUGCAUGGAGAGGCAUAUUUGUGACAGUUAAGUUUCUGUUCGGUUUAUCUCUUUUUUAUUUCGAUUCCGAAGAAGCUGUCUUUUGGGGGUGGAGGGUACCCGUCUAUGGCGAGGCUUCUUCGGAGCGCUUCCUUUCUAAAACGCUCUCUGUUCGUUCCAGAGGGCUUUAGGACAGGGAUAUUGGGGACAUCUUUUCAGUUUCGCGACUUCGCUAGUAAAGGUAGAAAGAAGUCUAAGUCAGAUGGAAGCGAGUCCAGUGAAGAUAACAUUUCGAAGAAAGAUUUGGCCCUACAACAAGCCCUGGAUCAGAUUACAUCCUCAUUUGGAAAGGAAUCUAUUAUGUGGCUUGGUCUGUCAUCCCCUUCAAGGCAUGUCCCAGUGGUAUCCACAGGUUCUUUUGCUCUGGAUGCAGCACUGGGGACUGGUGGACUUCCAAAGGGACGUGUUGUGGAGAUAUAUGGGCCGGAGGCUUCUGGGAAAACUACUCUUGCUCUACAUGUAAUUGCUGAAGCACAAAAGGAAGGAGGUUACUGUGUGUUCGUUGAUGCUGAGCAUGCUCUGGAUCCAGCACUGGCCCAAACUAUUGGGGUGAAAACUGACAAGUUACUUCUCUCGCAACCAGAUUGUGGUGAACAAGCUCUCAGUCUUGUGGACACUUUAAUCCGAAGUGGUUCAGUCGAUGUUGUUGUUGUUGACAGUGUAGCAGCCCUUGUGCCUAAAGGUGAGCUCGAUGGCGAGAUGGGUGAUGCUCACAUGGCAAUGCAGGCUAGAUUGAUGAGCCAGGCACUUCGGAAGUUGAGCCACUCUUUAUCACUAUCACAGACUAUAUUGAUAUUUAUAAAUCAGGUAAGAGCGAAGCUUUCUACUUUUGGAGGAUUUGGUGGGCCCACUGAAGUUACCUGUGGUGGUAAUGCCUUGAAAUUCUAUGCUUCAGUGCGCCUAAAUAUUAGGAGAAUAGGGCUUGUCAAGAAGGGUGAAGAGACUAUAGGAAGCCAAGUUAUUGUGAAGAUUGUGAAAAACAAGCUUGCCCCUCCAUUUAAAACUGUCCAAUUUGAGCUCGAGUUUGGCAAGGGCAUAUGUCGGGAAGCAGAGCUCAUAGACUUGGGAGUAAAAUACAAAUUUUUCUCAAAGUCUGGCUCAUUUUACAAUUAUAAUGACCAGAAUUUCCAUGGCAAGGAUGCGUUUAAGAAGUUUCUGGCUGAAAAUGAAAGUGUAAGAGAUGAAAUUACAGUAAAGCUCAGGGAGAAGCUGCUUUAUGCUGAGACACAAAAGGAACCUGAAACAGGGGCAAUGAAUGGAGAUCUUAAAGAAGAACCCGAUUCUACUGAUGAAGAAACAGUCACUGCUGUUGAAGCCUAAGUGUACAUGUGAGCUUGAAGCGCGGUUGGAGGUCUUUCCUCUUUUUAUCUGCCGACAGGGUUGAUCAUUCCCUGUGAUAUACAAUUGCCUUCUCCGGGUUGAUUGGUGGUACGUUCUUUUUUUGUGGGCACAGCUUGGUUUUAAUAUUGGGAGAGGUCUUUGAAUCAGAAUCACAUGCAACUGUUUCUUAUGGUCAAAUGUUGAGGUUCUCAACGACAGUCCUGUAAAAUAGAUUUGUUUAUAGGUUUAAUAUACUAAGCAACAUGUAUCGAAUGGAAUUUUUGUUGGUUCAGAAGGAGCAAGUUGGAAGGAGAGCAAUUUGUCCAAUUGUUAAUCAUAUCCAUAGGUACAAUUUGUGUCUAGGUUGGUGUUCUUACAUUUAUCAUUGGAUUGUUUCU